AUGACGACUCCUUCGCUGGACCAGCCGUCGACGACCACACACAAUCUUCCUCAACCGUCCGUCCCAGUUUCGCAAACAGAGCCUGGCCGCGACACCCUGUCUUCAAGCGUUGUAGAGAUGACGACGCUCUCCCCGUCUGGCGGCGCGCCGGCGACCACGAACACCACCCCACUCGACUCCGCAGCUCCUCAGAUUGCCCCGGUAGAAUUCACAAACAUUACCGACAUCAGUCCGUCAGAAGGCGCGCAACCGCACACGUCCUCGUCGCCAACGCCUGCCACUCGCACAGAGCUCAGUCGGACAGAAACCGAGGCAGCUCUUGGACCCUCAACAGAUGGGCCAGCGGCCAAUCCCGACAACACCAAUGGACCUACCGUUGUCAUAAUGCUGCUUCUUACCACAGGAGCUAGGCACCCAUACAAGAUCGACGAAAAGUAUCUGAAGAAGCGCAAUGUUACAGUGGAAGACAUGGACCCAUAUAACAUCAGCGUAUACACGCUGAAAGAGUUGAUAUGGCGAGACUGGCGAGAAGAAUGGGAACCCCGGCCCACCUCACCAAGCUCGAUAAGGCUGAUUCACUUUGGACGAAUGUUGGACGACAAUUCACCUCUAAAAGAUUGCCGGUUCCAAACAGAAGCCCCGAACGUUGUCCACAUGACCAUCAAGCCUCAGGAGGUUGUUGACGAUGAAGAGAACGCAAAGACUGGCAAAAGCUCAAAAGCUCGAGACGAUGGAGAAGAACCAACAGCUGGUUGUCGCUGUGUUAUUAUGUAG